UUCUACGACGUGGCUUCCUAUCAUUCAAUGUCAGGAAAACGUGAACGAACCCUUCAUUUAUCUUGGGUGGAAAUUCUGUGGUAGCUUGAUUUUUCAUUUUUCACAGUUUGAGCACAAAACGCGACACAAGUACCUUGCUGCUUCACAUUUCUCUCUCCAUCUCCUACUCCGUCCCUUAAAAUUUUCGCUCUCUGUACAGGAUCGCGAACAUUAUCGAGGAUUAUGCAGUAGUUGAAUCUGAACUUUGUUUUUGAAUCUCGUAAUUUCGUCGCCCGUCUGAUUUGGAUUCUUUGCUGUAUGUGAAGAGCACUGAAGAGAAGAUAAUUUCUGCAUUUUUUUGGGCUCUUGCUUUAGGUAUGGAUGCAACCAUUUCCUUCCCGGCAUAAAACCAUGAAGUCCUUUCCUCUUUCAAGGCAAACGAGCACACACACAAAUUUUGUUGAAGAUUCCAUCUGAUCUCCUGAAGCCUUCACAAUAACGAAUUUGGUCUCAAAGGUGCUUGAAGAAGUGAUUACAUUUUCUGCCUAUUUGAAUUGGUAGAAACUAUAACAAGAUGGGCACAAUACACCACAGUGGAGGUAGUAGGAAAACACAUGAUGGUGCCAGGCUUGUUCUCGCGACAAUUCUUGGAGUUGUUUUUGGAUUUUUUGUUGGUGUAUCCUUUCCAUCAAUUUCCUCUGCUAAGAUUCACUUACCUUCAGGCAUUAUUCCCUCUUUUGAUCUGGCCAUAACUAAUAAAAGCAGAGUUACAAGAAGCAGUUCUCUUGCCACUGAUGAAUCAGGCAAUGGUCCCAAGAUUUAUGUCCCAACAAAUCCACGUGGUGCAGAAUUGUUACCUCCAGGGAUUGUAGUCCCAGAAACUGACCUUUACUUGCGUAGACUUUGGGGUGAACCCAGUGAAGAUCUGAAGAAGCAGCCAAAGUACUUAGUAACAUUCACUGUAGGUUAUGAUCAGAGGAACAAUAUAAAUGCAGCAGUUAAAAAGUUUUCUGAAGAUUUUCAGAUUUUGCUCUUCCACUAUGAUGGUCGGACAACUGAAUGGGACGAAUUUGAGUGGUCAAGGAGUGCAAUCCAUAUCAGCACGAGGAGACAAACAAAGUGGUGGUAUGCAAAAAGGUUUUUGCAUCCUGAUAUUGUGGCAGCUUAUGAGUAUGUUUUUAUAUGGGAUGAAGAUCUUGGCGUGGAACAUUUUAAUGGAGAUAGGUAUAUUGAAUUGGUUAAAAAACAUGGCCUGGAGAUAUCACAACCAGGUCUUGAACCCAAUAAUGGACUGACAUGGCAGAUGACAAAGAGGAGAGGUGACAGGGAGGUGCACAAGAUUGCAGAAGAGAAACCAGGCUGGUGCAGUGACCCACUUUUGCCUCCAUGUGCUGCCUUCGUGGAAAUUAUGGCCUCUGUAUUUUCUCGGGAUGCGUGGCAUUGUGUGUGGCAUAUGAUUCAGAAUGAUUUGGUUCAUGGAUGGGGAUUGGAUUUUGCUCUUAGAAGAUGUGUAGAGCCUGCCCAUGAGAAAAUUGGAGUAGUUGAUUCACAGUGGAUCAUUCAUCAAGUAAUUCCUUCUCUAGGUGGUCAGGGGAAGGGAGAGAAGGGGAAAGCUCCAUGGGAGGGGGUGAGAGAACGGUGCAGAAACGAGUGGUCCUUAUUCCAGAAUCGACUUGCCAAUGCAGACCGUGCAUACCUGUCUCAGACUGGGAAGGGGUAAUCUAUGGAUCAAAUGUUGGCUCAAUUUUUGUACAUCUGUGGCUUAGACUUGAAUGAGUAUUCUACGUCUCGAUUUGAUCUUAACAUAGCCUUGAUGUGUGUCUUUAGAGGCCGGUUCUUCAUGAGGGUUUGCGCGAGGCGGUGUGAUUAUCUUCUAAGCCUCAUUUUGUGUAUUUUAUAAAUAAAUAUUAUUAGUUA